AUGGGGAUGAAAGUGGAGGCAGAGAAAGAGGUCUGGAGGAGGAGACUAGGAGAGGUUGAGAAGGAUAAAGUGGCUCUGCCAAACCUUCUGGUGUGUGUCAUCUUAUUCUACACUGUUUCCUACCUGUCCCUGAGCAUGGGCUCCCUGGUACUCAAGGUGUGGGAACUCAACAUUCUGGCACCAUGUGGCUUCAAAACACAUCCUUCAUGGCUCAACACAAAUUAUAAAGAUAAUUCUCUUUUAGUCUCCACAGUAGUCACCUCUUUUGUCUGAGGGUUGUUUUUUGGUUUGAUUGUGGCAGAAUAGGUUUGGUAUUAUGCUAUUUCUGUGGCUAUACUUCAUGUAAUCAUCACAUCAGCUUGUAAGCAAGAUAGAAUAGUGAAAAGAAGGAAUGUCUACUACACAUAA